AUGUUUUAUUCUUUACCAAUCGAGACAAAACUUGAUGUUUUUAAAUGUCUCAAUUAUAAAGAAUUGUGUUCAAUUAGUCAGACGAAUGAUGAUAGCGAUUUAUUUGAUGAUGUUCCUCGUAAAUUAAUUAAACUCGAAAUUGAAGAUUUUGGUUUUCCAUUGAAUGAGCAACUUGAAGAGAAGUUUAAAGAUGGACUUGAAAAACCAAUUCCUUUGUAUUUUCCUGCUCAAGAAGCAAAAAAUAUUGUUAUUACCUUGACUAGAGGUUUCUGUAAAACUAUUUAUCUUCUUCAACUGCCAAACAUCGUUCAAAGCAAGGAGGACAUUAAAAUUGUUUAUAAUCAUUUAAAUAAAUUAUUUAAAUGUGCUUUUAAAUCGAGCGUCUUUGAAGAUUUUAUAUUCAAUCCAGAAUUGAUCGAGUUGUUAUUUGAAAAUACUCCUAAACAAUUUUGUAGUCAAAAUUGUUGGCUGUUUUUGGAUUGUAAUGUUGGGGAUCAUUUAAAAUUUGCUUUGAAUCAUUUGAUUAUUACCGAUUAUAUGCAACUUAGUUUUCGUCCGGAUAAAGACAAAACAAAAACUAUAAAUAUUUUAUCAAAAAUUUUAAUGAAUGGAGACAAGUUUAGAGGAGUUCGCUUAACGUCGAAUAAAUACUUUAAUCUUUUUGAUUUUGCUAUGAAUUUUAUUGAAACAACAAAAGAUUGCUCAAAAAUGGUGGAUUUUAUUGGAUUAUCUUGUGUUUAUAUGAAAAUUAUUUUACAUGAAAGAGCUGAAAAUAUUGAAGAGCAUCGUUUAACUGGGGAUUAUCUUUCAAUAACAAAAUACCAAAUUUCCAACAAAUAUAAUCCAAAAAUUAAAUUCUCUAUUUUGUAUUGGAAAGCUCAAGGCAAAAUUAUCGAUAUAGAAAUUAAACAAAUUUAA